AUGUCACAAGACUUGGAUGACACUGAUGUUAUCCAACUGUUAUCAUUUGUGUUGGAGCCGUCUCCCAGCUCAUCAUCAAUCUCAGCGACCAGUGGAAGUCAGACUAAGCCAGCUGCGGACUUUGACCUCCCUGCCACAGGUGCAGAACGGGCAUUCCAAGAGCUGUUUUCACUCCCUGUAUCUGAGGUUCCUCUGCCAGACUGGAAGAGUGGGCGAAAGUGCGUGCUAAUAGAUAAAGAAAAGUCUAUAACGUCCUCACUGGCUCAUGGAAAGAUGUACCUGACUAAAAGUUUCCUUUGUUUUGAAAACUCCAGGAAUCCAGAGGAACAUAUAAAUAUCCCUCUCUCAGAAAUCACCAGACUUAUCAAGGCCAAACCAUUUUCCUGGAUGCCAGGCAGUGGGAUGUCUCUAGAGAUAACUGUCAAAGACAAGGACAAGCCAUAUAUUUUUGGAGGAAUAUUACAUCGAGAUGCUGUCUACAAGAGCAUCAUCAAAACGGCCAAGGAUGCACAUCUUGACUGGGCACUAGAUGUCUCUGCCAACAAGACAAGGUCAGUUCUCAGUUUGAGCUCACUGAGAGCUGCAGAAGACCAAUGA